ACCCUCGCCGUGGUACUCUUGGGCGGGAACUUCUUCCGCGUGGCGUUCGGCAUGCGCGCGGCCGCGCGACGCGCGCGCUUCCUGGCAAGGGCGCAGCUCUUCACUUGGGGCGUGUGGACUUGCACGAAUGUCGCGCGGCUGCUCAAGGCCUUCCUUCGGCAAGAGGAGGAGCUGCUAGAGGACAUCGAGAGCGUGCUGGGCGCCAUGUGCGUGCGGCCGCGGCCCUGCCCUGGUACUCCCCGCUCAUUUACGGUUUGCACCGUGGCCCGGCAUGAUAGGUGCAGCGACCAGGGUGAGAGCGCGCUUCAGCAGUCCGUCCUAAUCGAGCUCGGCCUCCUCAGUCCACUCCUCGGCCGCUCCCUCCGGAUCCCCGCCGGUUUCAUGCUUGCCAACAUUGGCCUCACUCUCAUGUCCGCGGGACGCCUCGGCUGGCUCUUCCCCUCCCACUCCUACCCGACUCGCAUGGCCCACUGCUUGAUCGCGCCCUACAUUGGCUCGUUCGUGGCCAGUGCGCUGCUUCUCUGCGCCACCGGGGUCCUGCCUUGGCGGGCGCGCGCGGGGGGGGGGGAGUCGCUAGGCUCGCCACGAGGUCCGCACAGAGCAACUUGAAGCCGGGUGCACAUUGCAGAGAGUUAAGAAAGCUACCCUGAACGCA